AUGGAUCACAAUUACUUCCGUGCCUUGUCUGAUGGACUACACCAGAUCCUCGGCUCCUCGCUUUCCCAACCUCACCCAACCGAACGAGCUCCAGAACAGGUAAUGUCUCACGUCGCUCAGCAUUCCCAGUCCGCUCCAGUCCACCAAUAUUGGCCUUUAAAUUUCCCUUCUUACGCUUUUUACCCUUCAAUUUCUAAUCCGUACUUGAACCCUCAUGACGACCCACAAAACUUUCAAAUGCAUACAUACCCUCCCCAUCAUAUACCAAAUACAAACACCGAAAAUUACAAUACUGAAAAUCUUCAUACUUUAGAAUCCACUAGCUACAAUAAUGACCACACUGGCAUGGCUUCCCCUUCUGUACAAUCCAACUCCCCUUCUCUAUCUCCUCCCCCACGUCGACAACCUCCACCUAUCCCACCCCGUCGUCAGCAACCUCCUCCUCCCAAUGUUCCUCCUCCAGCUCCUCCAUCAAUUCUCCCACCAAUUCCUCCACCAAUUCCUCCCCCUGCUCCUCCUCCCCUGAACUUCAACAACCCUCUCUUCCCACCUCCCUAUCCUUCAAACAUGAAUAUCACUGCUCCCCCGACCUAUACGUACAUCCCUUACUGUACUGUCCCACAAGCCGUGCUGUACAUCUCAAAUAAUCUCCCCACUGCAAAUACUUAUAAUUUGAACCCUCAUACCAUAGAUAACAAUUCUUUUCCUACCACUACACAACCAGGUAUACUCAAUGUCAGCACAGGAAACAAAGGUCUAGGCAUGCAUUCUGGGACCCCGCAAACCUUAGGUUUACCAUCUGCCAAAACUUUGCCCUGA